AUGGGUGACACAAACGGCACGCAAUUAUCGUCGCUGAAGGUGCGGAUCAAGACGUGGGAGAAGGAGUUCAGCGGCCGAUGCGGUCGCGCGCCCACCAAAGCCGACAUCUCGGCCGACCCGCACAUCAGAGACCACUACAAGAAGUACUGGAAGUGCGUGAAGAAGUCCAACAUGAAUGAGAUUUGGAGCCAUAGGCUCGACAAAAGGCACGCGAAGACCUCCCAACCGAUCGCCGCCCGCAACGACGUCUUGGACUCGCUGUCCAAGAAAAUGCUCGACAAGUAUAUGAAGGCGUCGACCAUUGCCGGUGACACGGGAACCGCUGACGAGUCCUUUUCGUUUAAGAAGCGACUGUUGAAACAAAGGCAACAAUCGGCUGAUAACCAGAGGAAUGCGGACCGAAACAGCACUCGCGUGGAUCAGUCUGUUGUCAGACAUAGGCAAUCGAUGGCUUCGGGUGUCGACAAAAGUAGACAAUCGGUGGCCAACGAUGUCGACGGAUCUGUCUCUGAGCCGCAAUCAAGUGAUUCAUUAGAUAUAAACGAUUUAGAGAUUGGUUUACGAAACACGGGAAUCAAACGCAAGUCAGACGUCUUUGACUUCGAGGACGAGUUCAAUGACAAUAUACCCGAUAAACCGGUGAAGAAACGGAUUUACGCCGAUUUGGACGCAGAGAACAAACGCGUCGACCCAUCGAUGCCAUCGAUUGAUGAAAAUGAAGACAACAACCAAUUAAGCGGUGACUCAACGAAGAAGAAAAAGUUUUUCGUCUCCAAAGACCGCAAUCAGAGACUAAACUCAUUAAAUCCAUACAAACACACCAUUACGUCAAUCAUCGGAAUCGACGACUCGAUGGACACCGGCGAUAGACCGGUGAAGAUGGUGUCCAACAAGAAAAAGAGCGUUGAGAGCAACGGAUCCAACGAUUCCAACGUCGAGAACAAAGCGAAGUCACCGAAAGAGACCUCUAAAGCGGCGGCGCCUAAGAAGUUGAGGAAAAAGAAACCGGAGACCAAUUACAAGAGGCUUAACAUUAAGCGCAAAGUCUUCUGUUCGCGCGUCAUAUCGCCGCUCAUCUCCCUAAUGGAGGACCAGUUGAUAUCAGUUCCUAAAUGCCUGAAAGCCGUCUGCAUUCACAGCGGUAUGAGUCCUACGCAACGGCAGACGGCGCUAAACAGUCUACUGACCGGUGAGUCGCAAGUGCUUCUCCUAUCGCCCGAAGCCAUAACGGGCGGCAAUACGUGUGUUAACCUGAAUUCGUUGCCACCGAUUGGGUUCGUGUGCAUCGAUGAGGCGCACUGUCUGUCCGAGUGGUCCAACAACUUCCGGCCCUCUUAUCUGCAACUGUAUCGCGUCCUAAGAGACAAACUCAAAGUCCGCACAUUUCUGGCGCUGACAGCGACCGCCACUAAGAAGACUGCGCUGACAAUCGCCCGAACCCUAGGGCUCGACCCUCAAGAGGACAUCAUAGGCACCACUCUAGUGCCCGACAAUCUGGUGCUCACCGUUUCGCGCGACUCCAACAAAGAGUUGGCUUUAAUUGAUUUACUCAAAAGCAAUCGAUUCAAUGGCUUGAAGUCUAUUAUCAUUUACUGCACGCGAAGGGAACAGACAGAGAGGUUGGCGUCACUCAUAAGGAUUAGUUUCCAAGAGGUCAGGCAGACUAACCCCAAGACUGGCAAAAGUCGUAUCGUAUGGGACGCGCAGGCAUAUCACGCGGGGAUGACCUCCGAGGAUCGCAAUCGAGUCCAGAAGCGGUUUAUUAGAGGUGAUCUGCGGGUGAUUGUGGCCACCAUUGCGUUCGGGAUGGGUAUCAAUAAGGCCGACAUUCGCGCUAUAAUUCACUACAAUUUGCCCAAAAGUUUUGAGAACUACAUGCAAGAGAUCGGUCGCGCCGGUAGGGACGGCCUCGAAGCCCACUGUCAUCUGUUUCUCGACUCUGACGGCUCGGAUUUGUUUGAAUUACAGCGACAUAUCUAUGCGAACAGCACUGACAGGAAAUGCCUGCGAAAACUCAUUGAGAAAGUAUUCAAAUCAUGCAAAUGUCGGUCUAUUAUGGACUUAGAAUCGGACGAAUCGGUCGCAAACUCGGAGAAUGUCUGCGCCGGACAUGAGAUCGCGUUUCCCAUUGAGGCGACGGUUAUGGAAAUGGAUCUCAAAGAGGAGACCAUCUCCACGUUAAUCACGUAUUUAGAGCUCGACUUUUGCAGAGAUAAAGUGAAACUCUUGUCGCCUAUCAACUCGAUGUGUACUCUCGUGUGUUAUGGCAACGGAUCCGAACAGAUGAAAGCCAUUUGCAAGGAGUGUCCCAUCGUUGCCAUCGCCGUCACACUCUAUCAGAAGAACAACGCGAGUCAAGAGGUUCCGAGUAAACUGAAGUUUGAUUUAGUGGAGGUGUGCUCGAUGUUAGGCCGUCCCAUAAGCGCUGUUCGGUCUGAGUUACGGCAACUGGAAUGGCAGGUCGAGCCGAACGGUCGUAAAAAGCGAACCCACGCUCGGGUCAUGUUCUCCGACCUCUCGUUUUAUCUCAAGUCUGUCGGCGAUAUGACUGACGAACAGCUCAAUGAAUGCCUGGAAUUCCUGCACGACUUCACCCAAAUCCAGGAGUCGACCGAAGUGUCGAAACUCCGGAGCGUUUACCUGACGUUCAAACAGUACUCGCAGACCCUCUGCACGAAUCGUGUCAACCAAACCAAGAGUCUUGAGCUCAAGAAUCAGUUAAACAAGUAUUUCAAUGAUGACGACAACACCGACGACUUCCUGUCCACCGAAUUCAGUGACGAAAAGUUUGCGAAACACUUGAAAGGAACCGGUGUUCACGACUUGGAGGACGCGCGCCGUAACGUCAGGGAAAAUUAA